AUGGCAGGAAAACUCUUUGAGUCACUUGGAAAGCUUGGACUUGGGCUAGUAGUGGUUGGAGGUGUUGUAAAUUCAGCCCUUUUUAAUGUGGAUGCUGGCCACCGCGCUGUCAUAUUCGACCGAUUCCGAGGGGUUCAAGAAACUGUAGUAGAUGAAGGAACACAUUUCCUCAUCCCAUGGGUACAGAAGCCAAUCCUCUUUGAUUGCCGGUCCCGCCCCCGCAACGUCCCUGUGAUUACAGGGAGCAAAGAUCUGCAGAAUGUUAACAUCACUUUGCGUAUUCUCUUCCGGCCGAUUUCCAGCCAGUUGCCAAGGAUCUACACCAGCAUUGGCGAGGACUACGAUGAAAGAGUUUUACCUUCGAUUACUACUGAGAUUCUGAAAUCCGUGGUGGCCAGGUUUGAUGCUGGAGAACUGAUCACACAGAGAGAGCUGGUUUCUCAGCAGGUCAGUGAGGAUCUCACAGAGAGAGCAGCUACCUUUGGGCUUAUUCUGGAUGAUGUGUCUCUGACACACUUGACAUUUGGAAAGGAGUUCACGGAAGCUGUUGAAGCUAAACAAGUAGCCCAGCAAGAAGCAGAAAGAGCCAGGUUUAUCGUGGAGAAGGCUGAACAACAGAAAAAGGCAGCCAUCAUAUCUGCUGAAGGAGAUUCUAAGGCUGCAGAACUCAUUGCAGCAUCACUGUCAGAUGCUGGCGACGGUCUCAUCGAACUGCGCAAGCUGGAAGCUGCCGAAGAUAUCGCAUACCAAAUGUCCCGAUCUCGUAACGUCACCUACCUGCCCGCAGGACAGUCCACACUACUACAGCUGCCACAGUAA